AUGUCGUCGCUCGCGCCUGGGACCUAUGCUUUCGUGCAGUACAAUGACCCGGCCGACAACGGGCUCUGGCAUGAGCGCUUGAUCCUGGGCUGGGUCACUGCAUCGGAGUACAUUGUGAUGACCCCAGAUGGGGAUGUCUUCAUAGAACAGCUCGACUCGGCGAACGCGGACCUGUCAGGUAUCCGUUUUUCGCCUUCGUCGGGGGGCUUGCCCGCUGGCCUCGCGGGUGUGCCGCUCUACCGCUUCGCGGCGCAGCCUGCUGGGGCCGAGCUGACGGCGCUGCUCAACGAGGGGGCUUCGCACGCUCGCGUGGAGCGCCAGGCGAGGGGCUUGGCGCAGCCGCCCGGCGCGGGCAUGGCCGGCGGCCCGGGCGGCUUUGCCCCGGCGGUGGUGCCGAUCCCGCUGCCGGUCGCGCCGCCCCCGGCGGCAGCCGGCGCGCCCCCGCCGCCUCCGCCCGCCCCGAGGGUGUCGCCGGCCGCGGGCAGCUGGGUCUUCGACGUCCCUGGCCCCUCGCACGCGAUCGGGCAAGAGUUCCUCUUUCCUGCGGGCGGGCUGGACUUCGGGGGCCACGCGUUCGUCUCGGUGGGCGGGGCUAUCACCGCGGGCUGCUUCGUCCAGGCGGACACGAACCUCGACGAGUGGGCGGCGGAGCGGCAGCUCUUCCUGAUGCAGGGCGAGCCGCGUCUGCUGCCCCGGCGGCAACCUGCGGGGCCAGUCCCAUUCACCCGCGACGCGGCGUGGCUGCACAAGGACCCCCGGGUUGAGAUCCACCUGAAGGGGCCGCCGACCAUGGGGGACUCGGUGACCGCGUUGAUGGCGCGGAGUCCGGGGGGCUUCAUGUCCUCCCACGAGCGCUGGCUGGUCGAGAGCAAGGUGCCCGCAGCCAGCCGCUCGGCCCGUGAACAUCGAGUGGUCUCGAAGGCGCUCGAGCUCGGACAGGCGGUGGACGGCAUAAACCUGGCGAACCUCACCUGCAUGGAGUACCUCAACAGGCGCCGCCAGUUGUUGGAGGAGGCCCACAAGACCGACCCGGACAAGGGCAACUUUGAGGGCGCCCACCACUUCAUGGGCGAGGAUGACGAUGGAGCGGGCGCACUCGCCGCCCCGAGCCUCCGCUCGCACGUGGCCGGCGAGUUCGGCAAGGAGGCGGCCAUCGAGAAGCCGCCCGGCUUCAGGCCGCCGCCGGGACUUCCGAGGCCGCCCGGCUGCCUGGACGAUCUCUUCCCCCUCCCGCUGCUCGACCCGCAGGAGGCCGAUUUUGGCGGCUCCGGCCGCGCCCGCACCGGGCAACGAAGGAGAUGCAUCCGUCGGGACGUGCUGAGUGACGUGAACGACUCGCUGAUGGGCCUCAAUGUUCUGCACGGCUGUGAGCGCUCGUCGGUUACCGCGCCCACCGAGGCGCAGAGGACCUUCGUGUACCCGGCGAUGCAGGUGCUUCCGAUGGGUUGGUCCUCGGCCUUCUGGUUCGUCCAACGUCUUCACCUCGAGGUGGUGCGGAGGUCUGGGGUCCCUUCUACCAUGGUUGCUACUGGAUCCUGGCCUCUUCCGUCGGUCGUCGAGGGCCCAAUCGAGGCCCCGUGCUCGGACAACGUGAAUGUGUUCGGUUUGGAGCCGGGGCCCGCGUUAGCAACGCGUGAUCGCAUCGUCGCCCAGUUCGAGGCGGAGGGGUUCGCCAUGCAUGAUAUCUCCGAGGUGUCGUCCGAGGGCGUCGUCCUGGGAGCUGACGUCGGGGGGCCGGAUCCCUUCACCCGCCGCUCUCUAAAAAAGCUGCUGGUGGUCAGGAAAGCUCUGUUCUGGCUCGCAACGGGCCCAUACGUAAGCGGCCGACAGCUGGAGGUUAUCUUGGGACAUUAUGUCGCUGCCUGUCUCUUCUGCCGCCCAGGCUUUUCGAUCAUGCGUGCGGUGUACGAGUUUGUUCGGGCUUCCUACGACAGGCCCAAGGUGCUCUGGAGAAGUUGUCGUUACGAGUGUUGGCUUAUGGCGACCCUUUGCAUCCAUCUGCAGUCUCCCCUGUCUUUGCCGUGGGCGAGUGAGGUCAUCGCUACCGACGCGUCCACCACCGGGAUGGGAGUAACCGAGGCCAGGCUUCCGAAGGAAGUCGAAGCGGAUGUUGGGAGAUGGCGGGAGAG